AGCUGUCCCUGAAUCUAUUAUUGGGCUAACAGUUGAACCCUUGAUUACUAAAGUGUGAUCAUGUACCAUCGUCGAGCACUGUCUUCCCAGUCCGCAGUCUGCGAGAGGGUGCAAACAGGCUAGGCAGUCAGUCAACUCAACCCCACGUUCCCAGUUCGGCGGCGGCGCAGACGUCACACUUGGACCCCACUCUCCGCUGUCAACAUCACCAACUUUCUUCUCUCCCAUAAUUAUCCCUCCACAACAGUCGCCCCGUGGCGGCAACUUAUCAACCAUGGCCUCCAAUAUCUUGUUCCUCCCUUUCCGCCGCUCCCAUUCCAUCAACCUUUCCGACGCCAUCAAACAGUACAUUUCAUCCAAAUAUGAUCAACACCCAGAUCUGUUUGCCAAAGAUCUCGAGACCAUCGAGAAGCUGCGUUCAACCGCCAUCCACGCCCAAGAACCCCACCCUAGCCAUAUUCCAAAGCUCCAAUCGUAUGCUGCUCAGUUGGUAUGGAUCAGCGGCAAGUUUCCCAUCGAUAUCGGCGUCGAAUUCCCUUGGUAUCCUGCCCUGGGAUACAACACAGGCCGUCUCAUUGCGAGGAACAACUUGCGCUUUGAACUAGCCAAUAUCAUCUUCAAUCUAGCGGCCAUGUACUCACAACUCGCCAUGUCGUCGAACCGAAGCACCCCAGAUGGGUUGAAAGUUGCCGCCAAUAACUUCUGUUUUGCCGCCGGCGUCCUUGCCCACCUCCGCGAUAAUAUACUCCCCGAAUUGAGGACAACGCCUCCCGAGGACAUGGACACAAUGACUUUGGAGUGUUUGGAGAAGCUCGUGCUGGCACAGGGCCAGGAAUGUUUUUGGCAAAAGGCAGUGAAAGAUGGGAUGAAAGACGCCACCAUCGCCAAGCUGGCCGCGCGCGUGUCGGACCUCUAUAACGAAGCCAGCGAGGCCGGUAUACAGUCGGAUUCCGUGAGCAGUGAAUGGAUACAUCACAUGGCAGCAAAACAUCAUCACUUCGCUGCCGCCGCACAGUUCCGUGCUGCUUGUGAUUGCUUGGAGAAGCGCAAAUACGGCGAGGAGGUUGCAAGGCUACGCGACAGCCUGACGUGCGUCAAUGAAGCUCUGAAGGAGCAGCGGUACAUCAGCAAGCUGGUUUUGGCAGAUCUCAACGGCUUGAAGAACAGAGUCACCGAAGAUUUGAAGCGCUCUGAGAAGGACAAUGACAUGAUUUACCUGCUACCGGUCCCGCCAAAAACCGAACUCAAGAUUCUCGAUAGGGCGAACAUGGUCGUUUCAAGAGUUCCCAAGGAAGUCUCCGAGUCGAAUUCCAUGCUGGGUGAUCACGGACAGCUUGGCCCGGCCCUCUUCUCGAAACUCGUCCCCUAUUCUGUGCACCUUGCCGCCAGCAUAUAUUGCGAUCGCCGGGAUCGAUUGGUGAAUAGUACCAUCAUCGAGGAGCUGGAAGUACUCACUGCCCAGGUUCACGACGUUUUGAGGAGCCUCAAUCUUCCCGGGUCCCUUCAAGCCUUAGAGAAACCGCUGGGUCUCCCGCCAGGUUUGAUUACACACGCCGAGGAGAUUCGGCAACAAGAUGGACUGAAACGACUACUACGAUCUAUGGAGGACACCAAAAAGCUGAAACAAAACGACAUGGCCAUAUACCAGGAAGGAUGUAGCAUUUUGAACUCCGAGGCAGCAGAAGACGAAAAUGCGCGACGCAAAUACGGAACAGAUCGCUGGUCACGGACUAGCGCUGAACAAGCAGCUCCCAAGUUGUAUGCACAAAUCGGAGAGAUUGAUGGGUACUUCAAGGCUGCAGUGAACAGUGAUGGCGUUGUUGCGACCAAACUCAAAGAAAACGAAAACUUGAUACGACUUCUCAAUGGACCAGACUACGAUCUCGAAAACUACGUACCCAGCGGGAGGCGUCCUGCUAUUACGGGUGACGUAGAGAGGGAGGCUGGGAAGCUUCGCGGCUUCUUCAACGAAAUAAGUCGCUUGGAAAGCCGUCGCCGGCGGAAGAUUGAAACUCUGCGGACCAAGGCGAAGCAGGACGACAUCAAUCCGGAAUUAUUGCGCGAAGCAGCGCGCUUAGAGCGAGAAUAUCCAAUGCAAAACAUCGAGGCUGUGCAGUUCGAGAAUCUGUUCGACAAGAGGCUCCAGAUGUACGACGUCGACCAGGACAUGGUUAAACAGGAACUCCAGGAUCAGUUAGAGGCAAUCAGACGACUAGAAGCCGCCAAUAACGCAUUCGUGAACGCACGACGAGGCGAUCAGUCAACCAAACAACGCGAACAAGCUCUGCAAAGUCUGGAGAAUGCUUACUACAAGUACAAAGAGAUCAUUGCCAAUCUCGAUGUUGGGCGAAAGUUCUACAACGACCUCGCCAAGAUUGUCAACAGAUUCCGGGAUGACUGUCGCAGUUUCGCCUAUCAACGCAAGCAAGAAGCGUCUCAGAUAGAGGGCGACAUCGCCACAUCCAUGAACUCGCUCAACCUCCAACAAGCAAAUUCAAGUUCACUCCAGCAACAAAAACAGGCAGACGCUCAGAAUCCUCAGUACGGCGCAGAUGCCCAUGUAGGCGAACCUCUGACUGCCCCCACGCCCACACGUGCCAGCGUCGGCCCACAAUCCGGCAUGUGGACCCCAGAUAUGGGAAUUCGGUUUGCACCUGCGGGUGGGACGCGACCUACCAACGGCCCGGCGCAGGAUGCUCGGUGGGAUCCCACGCAGGGGCUGAAAUUUGGAUGA